AUGCAAGUGAGCGCACAGUUUCCCAUCGAUGUGACGCUCUCAAUUAAUGGCGGCGAAUAUUUGGGAUUCGUGCGGACGAAUGGGAAAUUCAUCAUCAGCGCCGUGCCCUCAGGCAGUUAUGUGCUGAAUGUGAAUCAUGCGGAUUUGCAUUUUGCGCCGCUGCGCAUCGAGAUCAGUCAGAGUGGUCAGUACCGGGCACGCACAUUGAAUCACUUGCGACCGGCCAAGGUGAUCAGAUUGACUUAUCCGCUCGAGCUGAAGCCGCUGCAGCGUCGCAAAUACUUUUUGGACCGAGAGCAGUGGAAUAUUAUGGACUAUUUGCUGAAUCCCAUGACGCUGCUGAUGGUGGUGCCAUUGGUGCUAAUGCUGCUCCUGCCGCUGCUGAUCAGAGAUCCGGAGACACAGCGUGAAAUUGAGAAUAUGCAACUGUUGCAAAUACCACCAACGAUGCCCGAUCUGACCGACAUGCUGACGUCCUAUCUGGCCAACAAGCGUUCGCCGGAGAAGAAGAAGCAGCCGGCCAUUGCCGAGAAGCCACAGAAGAAAAAACAUUAG